AUGGGAGACUCCUCGAGGAACGCAGCUCGCUUGCGUGCUGGCGAUCCUCCGGCCACAGACGCAGAGCCCACGGAGCCCAAGGUUGGAGCGCCUCGAAAGCCCUCCAUUGUCGUCUCAGAAGAUCCGCCUAAUAUCGAGGAACAGGAUCCGCCCCUCGACGCCCUUGACAGCGAAGACAUUGACGUCGACGAAGACGACGACUACGAUGAGACUACAGACGGCAACUCUGCCGAGUCCGUGACUGUGCGCAGCAGCAUAUGGGAGCACGAGUACGAGGGUGGACGAAGGUAUCACCACUAUCGACACGGUCGCUACCCCUUGCCAAACGACGACAUCGAACAGGAGCGCGAGUACAUGAAGCAUGUCAUCCACAUGCAGCUCACCGGCGGCAAGCUCUUCAACGCCCCGAUUGCGCCCAAUCCCCAGCGAAUCCUCGAUCUCUGCACCGGCACCGGCCUAUGGCCGAUAGAAGGCAAGCUCCUUGCGCCCAACUCUUCCGCGCAUUUGACACGAUUCGCGAAACUGUUCCCCAGUGCCGAAAUCGUCGGCAUCGACCUCAGCCCCAUCCAGCCGCUCAUGGUGCCCCCCAACGUGCGCUUCCUCAUCGACGACGUCGAGGACGAGUGGAUGGACCGCGGCGGCUACGACAUGAUCCACCUGCGCCACUCGUGCAUCUACCUCAAGGACGUCGACAAGCUGAUCGCAAACUGCCACGCGCACCUCAAGGAAGGCGGCUGGCUGGAGAUUACCGACUACUGCAGCUACCUCCGAUGCGACGACGGGACGAUGCCUGAGGACCAUCCGCCGGCGCAGGUCGCCAUGAUGAUGCACCGCGCGCUUCGCGGGUACGGCAUGAACGCCUAUGUCAUCAACGAGCUGCACGACAAGUUCAAGGCCGCGGGGUUUCAGAACAUCCAAUGCCGGGUGACGAAGACGCCAAUCGGCGCAUGGCCUAGGGAUCCGGGCCAGCGCGAAAUCGGCAUUCUGUUCAGAGACAUCGUCUACGAACUCGUCGGCGCUCUGGCAGCUAAGCCUCUGAAAACGCUGGGAUGGGACGACACCGAGCUCGAGGUCUAUCUCGCAUCCGCGCGGAGGGCCCUGUGGGAUAGAAGGGUGCAUUGCUAUGCAAACUUUGUAUCCUGGUGGGCUCAGAAGUGA